AUGUUCGACGGGAGCUUCAAGUCCUCGCGCAAGGUAAAUCUUAGCGGCCGCAAGAAGCCCACAACAGGCUACAGCGCGCGUCUCGCGUCUUUAUCGAGCUCCAGAGGUCGAGACGACGUGCUGGCUGGCUCCAAGCAAGAGCUCAUGCUGCAGAACCGGUUGGCGCGGGAGGAACGCCACGCCAUGAAGAAACGUACGGCCGCCAGUACCCGUAUUCAAGCCCAAUAUCGUCGUCUGAGAGCCGCGGAGCGGGCCAGAGCUGAGAUAUUCAACCAAUUGGAGCAGCAGCUCACGCUGACGGUGCUGACUGGAGAUAUUCAGAGCAACGCGCUUCCUACCCCACAGCUUCAGCAAUUUCUUCGGCAAUUCCUCUUUGCAGUUCACAGUCGAGUGGCAGCCGAAAGAGUACGCAAAGUACAGGACUAUUUGGUGUUUAUGCUGCUCGUGAGCUGUUUAAAAGGGGAGAACGGGACCAAUUUCCUCGAAGCGGACAAAGACGCAUGCUGGGUGUUUCAAGUCACGCGGAUGAGUGAGAUCGCACUGCAGACUCUUGUACAAGAGCAGUUGAAGACGUCGGUAAAGAACCCGGCGGUGGCAGUGAACCCGUACUUGUUGCUACUGGACACGUUGACGAAUGUCUCGAAGUAUCCGACGCCCGAGGGACAGACGGCGCUGUCGAGUGUGUUGUAUCACUUAGGCGUUACCGCGCGAUACGGGAUCUUUGAUGCGAUGAGUGCGUGCAUAGCGCAGCAGGCAGAGGAAGGCGUAUCUCGUGUGGAGAAUGACAGGCUGGUUCAAGUGGCUGCCAAUAUCGCGGCUCAAACGUUAAGAUUGUCGAUUCAAGGCCAACAAGAGCGAGCGUCCGAGGUAUUGCGACACUUUGCGAAGAAAAUUCUACUCUCUGCGUCAUCUGUGAGCUCACCUAUCACAAGCUUUGUGACGUCUGCUGUAGCUGAAAGUGCCAACAAGUCGGGCUGCUUUUGGGCGUCCGUGGUUCAGCAACUUCGCGAUAAUCUGGAUAUGACGACACUGUCGUGGCAACAUCGUGCAAUUAUAGUCGGGAAUGUCGUGGAGUUGACGUCCUUGUGCUCGUUUGAUGCAGCACUUGUCGAUGUCGUCCCGUUUGUAUUGUCAGACUUGGUGACGCCCUCACUGGUGCAAUGGGCGUUCGAUGUGAAGCACACCGAGCAGGAUCCGAUGGCACCCGAGGAAGAUUACGAUAUGGAUAAUGAAUCAGAAGUCCCGAUCGUGCCUCCAACGUAUCUGUCCGCCGGAAUUUUCGCAUCGGACGAAGAAGUUCGACUUGGUGUCCUAGCGCUGGGCAAGUCCGAAGCCAGCGUACGUGCUCAGUGGCAAAAGAUUUGCCAUUCCAACUUUAGUACUCGAUGUCUGGACGUUCUGUUGCACGUUAACGAGCCACUGGAGCACGGAGAGAACGCUGUUGCUAAGUUCUGCCAUGUCCUGACUACAAUGCUAUUGUCAACUGGAAGAUCUUACGUCCUGAGCGUUGCUGCGAGGUUUGCAAAUCCACCUCCAGCUUUGUUUGCUUUGCUAAGUGCAAUGACUGUCGAGCAGUUUGCUGGCAACCCUAUUGUCCCUGCGAACAAUAUAAGCCUGGUCAACAGCAUGUGGCAGUGGAUAAAACCGAGAAUUGAGAACAUCACAGCGCAACGGCCCACAGAAUCGCUCACCAAUGGUCCGCUGGCGUUUACGACGUUGCAGUUGCAGGUGCUGAUAGUCUUCAAUGUCGUCUACAGUCACAUGCUGCUGGGUCUGGACGAUGAGGCAUUCUACGAUGGACAGUGGCCACUCCGUUUGACUGAAGUUGAAGCCAUCGUGACGUUUUUGAAGCAGUUUAUCUACGACACGUGCUGGACAAUCACCAGCAACAACACACUUUCAGUCAACAGCAUGGAUGAAAAGGAGCUGGUGUUGUUUUCGGCGGUUGUGUCAUCUAUCAAGCUGUUCAACCAACUCUACGACCGCGAUUGCCGACGUCGCUUCAUGCCUGAUGGAGCGUGGCUGUGGCCUUCAAUGCCUGUCGUCAAGGAGAUCGUGGAUCUUGAGCUGAUGAAGGAAGACGGGAACCACGAUGCACACGCGAUCUACAUGCUGAUGAAUGGAAAGGCGUCGUCUCCUUACGCACGUGCAGCGUUAAUCCUCGUCACGAUUCCGCAAGUUUUGUCGUUCAACGAACGCGUCCAACUCUUCCAGAAGCUGCUGGAAGACGGGAAGGCACAACUGGGUCAUAUUCGUGACGAGUUUUCACGAGCUUUGCAGGUGCGAGUGAAACGCGAUGAGAUUGUAGACGACAGCUUUGAUUUCUUCCAGAAAGUGUGCGAUACGAUGUCUCCUGCAGCCCUCAAGUCGCGUGUCAAGGUCACGUUCGUCAACGAGCAAGGGCUAGAAGAGGCUGGUAUUGACGGCGGCGGCGUGUUCAAGGAGUUUAUGGACAGUCUGACCAAGAGCGCUUUCUCGCCAGAGUACGGCUUCUUCCUGGAGACAGAAGAGCAUUUACUGUACCCGAAUCCUGGCGCGAGAUACAUUGUGGACACACGCAAGGAGGCUCUAGAUCGUUAUCGCUUCCUCGGCCGUGUGCUGGCCAAAGCCGUGUACGAAAACAUCCUGGUGGAGCCACAGUUUGCAGCUUUCUUCCUGAACAAACUUCUAGGCAAGUUCAACUACAUUGACGACUUGCACUCGUUGGACCCGGAGCUGUACAAGUCUUUGAUGAGACUCAAGCACUACAAUGGCAACGUGGAGGACCUGUCGUUGACAUUCAGUGUGAGCGAGAUGGAGUUCGGCCAAAUGGUGACAAGGAACCUCGUCCCUGAUGGAGCCAACAUCCCGGUCACAAACGAAAACCGGAUUCGGUAUAUCCACUUGAUGGCCAACUACAAGCUGAACGUGUUGUCGUCCACAGAGAGCGCCGCAUUCCUCAAGGGCUUUCGGGAUUUGAUCCCGGGCACUUGGAUUCAGAUGUUCGCCCCUGCUGAGCUGCAGAUGCUCAUCGGUGGCUCAGCUACGAACAUCAACAUCGACGACUGGGAGCGUCACACCGUGUACGGCGGUGGCUAUCAUCCGUCUCAACGGAUUGUCCAGUGGUUCUGGGAAAUCGUACGGGAAGAUUUCACAGCGGAAGACCGCGCUGCGUUGCUCAAGUUCAUCACAAGUUGCUCUCGUCAACCGUUGCUGGGCUUUUCGAAGCUCCAACCGCAGAUUUGCAUCCACCAGGUGCGUGUUGAAGACGACGACCGGUUGCCGUCCAGUGCAACGUGCAUGAACCUACUCAAGCUGCCAGCGUACUCCAAUAGAGAAGCCAUGCGCAAGAAGCUGCUGUACGCCAUUAGAGCCAACGCAGGCUUCGACCUGUCUUGA